AUGUCUAAGCCAGACUUGAUAUCUUGGACGCAAUCUCGCCUCGGCGCCUUCUACGAGGCGCGCGAGGAGGAGGCAUUUGCUAGCGCCUUCAAUGCUGUAUUCUCCCCUUCUUGCGAGGUUCGCGUGAACCAUGCACCAUCGACCCUUGACGCUUUCAGGGACAGCAUCUCAUUGCGUAAAGCUGCCAGCAGAGGGGUCACACUCUCUUGGGAGAAUGUGAUCUGCACAGGUGACAAUCCGGACGAACCCUCAGUGGUUGCCGGAACUUUGAUCAUCACUCGUAGCAUGAUGUUCCUCAUUCGCGCUGCUCCCGCUCAACGCCUAACCUAUAUCAACUUCAGUGCGAGGGUGGAACCUUUAGAACCAUCUGGUGUUCAGGCAGAUGAAAACGACGACCGUCGCCGCAUUACCAGCCUCUAUCAUACUUCGGUGGACAAGGUACCACCAAUUCACUUCGUGACACCUCAUCCAGUUAUCCAAGAAGAGCAGGAGUGA